GGGAUGGGGGAGCCGCCGCAGCCCGCCGUGAUUACCCCGGCCAUGCUGGAGGAGGAAGAGCAGCUGGAGGCCGCCGGGCUGGAGAGGGAGCGCAAGAUGCUGGAGAAGGCUCGCAUGUCUUGGGAUAGAGAGUCAACAGAAAUUCGGUAUCGUAGACUUCAACAUUUGCUUGAAAAAAGCAAUAUCUACUCCAAAUUUUUAUUGACUAAAAUGGAACAGCAGCAAUUAGAGGAACAGAAGAAGAAAGAAAAAUUGGAGAGAAAAAAGGAAUCUUUAAAAGUUACAAAGGGUAAAAAUUUGGUUGGUGCAAGUGAAGGAAGUCCAGUUACGAAAAAGAAAAGAGGAAGAGAAGAUGAAUCAUACAGUAUUUCAGAGGUCAUAUCAAAAGAGGAAAUUUUGUCUGUGGCUAAAAAAAAUAAAACGAUGAAUGAGGAUGAAGACAACUCUUCUAAUAAUCUCUCUGUAGAAGAUAUCCAGAAAAAUAAAGAUUCAAAUAGUAUAAUUAAAGAUAGAUUGUCUCAAACUGUUAGACAGAAUACUAAAUUCUUUUUUGACCCAGUUCGGAAAUGUAAUGGACAGCCAAUUCCUUUUCAACAACCAAAGUACUUCACAGGAGGAGUGAUGCGGUGGUACCAAGUAGAAGGCAUGGAAUGGCUUAGGAUGCUUUGGGAAAAUGGAAUUAAUGGCAUUUUAGCAGAUGAAAUGGGCUUGGGAAAGACAGUUCAGUGCAUUGCUACAAUUGCGUUGAUGAUUCAGAGAGGAGUACCUGGACCUUUUCUUGUCUGUGGCCCUCUGUCUACACUUCCGAACUGGAUGGCUGAGUUUGAAAGAUUUACACCAGAAAUUCCUACUAUGUUGUAUCAUGGAACCCAGGAGGAACGUCGGAAAUUGGUAAGAAAUAUUCACAAACGAACAGGGACGCUGCAGAUUCAUCCUGUGGUAAUCACUUCAUUUGAAAUAGCCAUGAGAGACCGAAAUGCAUUACAGCAUUGCUAUUGGAAAUACUUAAUAGUUGAUGAAGGACACAGGAUUAAGAAUAUGAAGUGCCGUCUUAUCAGGGAGUUAAAACGAUUCAAUGCUGAUAACAAACUUCUUUUGACUGGUACUCCUUUGCAAAACAAUUUAUCAGAACUUUGGUCAUUGCUAAACUUUUUGUUACCAGAUGUAUUUGAUGACUUGAAAAGCUUUGAGUCAUGGUUUGACAUCACUAGUCUUUCUGAAACUGCUGAAGAUAUUAUUGCUAAAGAAAGAGAGCAGAAUGUAUUGCAUAUGCUGCACCAGAUUCUAACCCCUUUCUUAUUAAGAAGAUUAAAAUCUGAUGUAGCUCUUGAAGUUCCUCCUAAACGAGAAGUAGUUGUUUAUGCACCGCUUUCAAAGAAACAAGAGAUCUUUUAUACAGCCAUUGUGAACCGUACAAUUGCAAACAUGUUUGGAGCCAGUGAGCAAGAAACAGUUGAUGUAACUCCUACUGGACGGCCAAAACGGCGAACUAGGAAGUCAAUAAAUUAUAGCAAAAUAGAUGAUUUCCCUAAUGAAUUAGAAAAAUUGAUCAGUCAGAUACAGCCAGAGGUGAAACGAGAAAGAACUGUUGUCGAAGUGAAUGUCCCUAUAGAAUCUGAAGUUAAUCUGAAACUGCAGAAUAUAAUGAUGCUACUUCGUAAAUGCUGUAAUCAUCCAUAUUUGAUUGAGUAUCCUAUAGACCCUGUUACACAAGAAUUUAAGAUCAAUGAAGAGUUGAUAACAACUUCCGGGAAAUUCUUAAUUUUGGAUCGAAUGUUGCCGGAACUUAAAAAAAGAGGUCACAAGGUGCUGCUUUUUUCACAAAUGACGAGGAUGCUGGACAUUUUGAUGGAUUUCUGCCAUCUUAGAAAUUUCAACUUUAGCAGACUUGAUGGGUCCAUGUCUUACUCAGAGAGAGAAAAAAAUAUGCACAACUUUAACACAGAUCCAGAUGUGUUUAUCUUCUUAGUGAGUACACGAGCUGGGGGCCUGGGCAUUAAUUUGACUGCAGCAGAUACAGUUAUAAUUUAUGACAGUGAUUGGAAUCCCCAGUCUGAUCUUCAGGCCCAGGAUAGAUGUCAUAGAAUUGGUCAGACAAAGCCCGUUGUUGUGUAUCGCCUUGUUACAGCAAAUACUAUCGAUCAGAAAAUUGUGGAAAGAGCAGCUGCUAAAAGAAAACUGGAAAAGUUGAUCAUCCACAAAAAUCAUUUCAAAGGUGGUCAGUCUGGAUUAAAUCAAUCUAAGAACUUUUUAGAUCCUAAGGAAUUGAUGGAAUUAUUAAAAUCUAGAGAUUAUGAAAGGGAAGUAAAAGGAUCAAGAGAGAAGGUCAUUAGUGAUAAGGAUCUAGAGUUGUUGUUAGAUCGAAGUGAUCUCAUUGAUCAAAUGAAUGCCUCGGGACCAGUUAAAGAGAAGAUGGGGCUAUUCAAGAUACUAGAGAACACUGAAGAUUCCAAUCCUGAAUGCUUGUUUUAAGUUGAAGCUAAAGAAUGGCUUUUUAACGUUCCUGUUUACAUCUAGUGAUUUACCUGUAUUGCUUUUGAAAGCCAGAUUAUCUACUUUACUUUUUGAUGAUAUCAGUUGACAUAAUAUAUCUUGUACCAUUGCACAUUUAAUAGAUGGGAAUGUUCUGCGGCCUUAUUAAGAACAAGUAUUUGUGUCCAUAUUAAGUUUAGAUUUUCAGUUAACUUGUGAGACUGAAUAGUACUCUUGGGUACAGGCUGAUGUGUGCUUUACUGCUUCUAGAUUUAUAGUCUUCCUGUGGAAGUUUAGCAAAUGCCUUUGUUCCCUCUUUUAGUAAUACGGUUCAUGGGUUUUUGGUAUUUCCGUUAACGGAGUAGGGCUUGAAAGGGGGAGAUUGGAAUUAUGCUUUCUAUUGUUUUUAACUAAGAAAUUGUCUUAUUUUAGAGUCUAUUUCUAUGAGGUAGUUUACCAAAUGUUCAUUAUAAGAUGA